AAGCCGCCCCAUGCCAGGAGGAUGCUGGAGAGUGGCUGCAAGGCGCUGAAGGAGGGCGUGCUGGAGAAGCGGAGCGACGGGCUGCUGCAGCUGUGGAAGAAGAAGCGCUGCAUCCUGACCGAGGAAGGGCUGCUCCUCGUGCCCCCCAAGCAGCCGCAGCCGGGUCCCCCGGCCGCCGAGCCGCCGGCCGCCAAGAUCAAGGAGCUGCACUUCUCCCACAUGAAGACGGUGGACUGCGUGGAGCGGAAGGGCAAGUACGUGUAUUUCACCGUGGUCAUGGCCGAGGGGAAGGAGAUCGAUUUUCGGGGCCCGCAGGAGCAGGGCUGGAACGCCGAGAUCACGCUGCAGCUGGUGCAGUACAAGAACCGCCAGGCCAUCCUGGCCGUCAAGUCCACCCGCCAGAAGCAGCAGCACCUGGUCCACCAGCACCCGGGCCACCGCCUCCGCAGCGCCUCCAACUCCGCGUAG